AUGAAUUUCGGAUAUUCCAUAGACGAAGUUAUUCAAAGAAGCGAGGCAAAAUCACACGCCAAGAAGCUGCGCAUAAAAGAAAAAAAGAGAACAGAAAGAGAAGAGGGCCCUUCAGGAGAUAAAACUAGCAGUGCUUCCAAGCAAACAGCAAGCCACGCAAAAAAGUCAAAGCUAAGCAGACAAGAGCGCACAGCUCUGCUAGACAGAAGCAUGACAUCUGCCUUCCAAGAAAUGCCAAAGAUCGAAGAAAAAGAGCUGAAAGAGGUUCUUAAAAUUGUAGUGAAAAUAAUGAACACAAUUCCAUACGAGGCUGUGCCAAUUAACAAACAGCAAGAAGAUGAAGACCCCCAUGCAAGAGCAAAGGGCGAAGACCAUCUCAGAAGAAGAGACAGAAAGAGGCCCAGACCAGACAGUGCCACCAAAUCUGCUCAACCCAACAAGCAUGCAUUCAAUAAAGGCCACAAGAGACAAAGAAGACAGUAG